AUGGAUAAUUUUGAGUACAGCAUCCAGCUGAGUGACAGGGACUGGGCAGAUUUCUACUUGGCCUCUGAAGAAUGCAGCUUAAUCCAGGCUGCCCUGGCCACGGCGGACGAUCCAGGGCUCAGUGACAUUGAGCAAGGGGACACUGUGCCCGGCGAGGACUGUGGAGCUGGCACAAAGACAAAGGGGAAGGAGGUGGUGAACACGCCAGGUCCUGGGAGCCAGGAGGAAGCAGGGACAGGCAGGAUCCUGCUCCAUGGUGUCGCGAGGGCAGAAAUGCAGGGCUCGGGGCAGGGGGUGCAGUGGCCAACACGGUCUGCAGCGCAGCCUGCAGCAGGACUGAAGUCAGUGAGGCCCAGGAGGCCAGCACAGGCUGCAGGGCUGGAAGCUGGUGACAGUGAGCCCCCAGGUGCCGUCGUGGAGAGAGAGGAGCAUGUGCCUUGUGCAGCAGCCGAGGAGUCUGGGGAGGGCAACGCACCUGCCCUGACCUGGCCGGAGAUUUAUGACUACUUCUUCUGCAACGUGGAGGGCCAGGAGAGGGGGGAUUACCACUGGGGCGAGGAAGGGGAGGGGAUGCCCACGGCCUCCUCGGAGCAGGAGCAGCCGGUGCCCGAGAUGUACGGGCCAGAGAUGUACGAGUACUUCUUUGCCGACCCCGACAGGAGCAGGAGCGGUGGGUGGGGAAGCAAAGGUGAAGCCUCAGAGUCAGCACAGUGCAUCAGCUGGGACCAAGCAUCACCCCAUGAUGAUGAGGGGGACCCAGGGGAAGCCUCAGGGGAGACCCCAGACUUCUCCGUCCCUGAGGCUUAUGAACAUUUCUUUGCCAAUGGAGCUGGGGAAAGGAAGAGCUGGAAGGUGACGUCCCUGCGUGCGCCAGACUCUAAAGCCAGAAAAGCCAUCAGGGUUUUGAAAUCCCUCCUGGGGAAGCCAGUGCAUCUGGUCAGAGGCCGGCCCCCUGACCCCAGGGCUCCAGCAGAGAGAAGCCCCCAGGAAAAUUUGCCCCUGCUCCCACUGCAGCUGCUGGGGAGAGGCCAGGCUAUGCCAGAGGACCUGGAGAAGGCCCUUGAUCUUGCAGCAAGGCCCCAUCCCCAGUUAGCACUAACACAGAAGGACAUGUGCCUGGUCUUCGUUGCCUUCGCAUCCUGGGCCAUGAAGACCUCCAACCUGCAGGCUCCAGAUGCCUGGAAGACUGUGUUCCUGGCCAGCUUCGGUACCCUCUCCGCCAUCCGCUAUUUCAGACGGCAGGCUGUGGAAAAGGAGCCGAGAACCUAAAUGCACUUGCAGCCAGAGACACCCCUCCAUGGGCAGGUAAGGAAGAUCCCAAGAGAAGUUGCUCCCUGUACCCCAUUCUUAGCAAGAAGACCGCUGGCAGCCUGGAUCCCAGUACCACAUCUCCACUGGACGCACUGGCAAGCUGGAGUAGACUGCUCUGGGAAGCAGGAUCCCUGCAGUGAAACCUGCCAUUUCAUCUGCGGAUGUUACAGGCAUUACGUAACUGCACUGAGAAGAAUCAGGCCCAGUGAAUGCCGGCUCUGCUCUGCUUUCUCUCUAAGGACAUGUCUUGCACAGCCAUACUAUCUUCUAUGAUUCUUUAAGUAGCUGCGCGCGCACACCAGCCAUGCUCAGGAGGAUCUGUGUGCUCCCUGGCUAAAAAGUGGGGGUUGGAGCACUGAAGAUAGCAAAAGAAAUAGGGGUUUCUAUUGUGGGGAAAAUGUCUGAGAUGGGGAGAGGGGCUGGGAAGGACAGAAUCUCCAUCUAAACAGGUCCUUGGUAGCAGAUUUCACAUCGGUUAUUAAACCCUGGCCAGGCUCAGGCUGAGAAAUCAGGACUGCAUCCAAGUGAGCCUAGCAGGGCAGCUGCUCAGCAGAGCUGAGCCUUCCCGGGAAUGGCUGGGAUCAUGGCAGGGAGCUCAGCCUCUUGGAUUUCACUGCUAAAAGUCACUGUGUUUAUUCCUAGGGUGCAUUUCAGGGAAGCAGAAAAGGGUCUCUAGAGCCUCAUGCUUACUGACUUCACUGCCUGAGGUCUCCCAGUCCCUGACACAUCGGGGCUGUGAAGUGCGGUGGGUGCAGAAGGCCUUGGCACUAUUCAGACAUCUAAAGUGUAGGGCUAUAGGUGUCCUGAAGGGGAAGGUAGUAUUUAGCUCUUUUAUGCUGCAUGGAUUGGGGCUGCAGAAACAGCACAUCAAGGGGCUGGUGCGAGGAGUGGUCUCCAAUUAGGAGAGGUUUGAGGCUGUGCUGGAGAAACACCAGAGACCCGGAAGGAAGGGAAGAUACUGAACAGCUGUGGGCAUAAAUGAAUCAGAACUCAUGGUAGAGGUGAUAUCUUUUAUUAGACCAACUAGAUCUUUGCAAAAAAACAUUGCUUUAAUUUAAUUCUGUGAGCAUAAAUAGCGUUCAGGCACAGGCUUUCAGAUAGGUAACACAGCCCUCGGGGCCGACCAGGGCAAAGACAAAGGGUUGGAGACCCCUUCUGCUGUGUCCACCACAGCAGGACGUACUGAAACAAGUAAGCAGGAUGGAGAUUGAGAAAGGGGAUGUCCAAUGUCCAACUAUGUGGGAGAGGGGCUGUCUGGAAGGCAAUGAGACCUGGUAGGAAUAAGGAACAGGCAGGAAAUAUCACCCAUUUCUUUCCCCUCCAUUUCCCCAGCUGCUCCCUUGUUCGCUGACUGAGAGGCUCAGGCCUUUUUUCCCUGUCGGGGUGGAAAGGGUCUUCAAAACGUAGGCUGGAGGCAACACAAGGGAGAACCAAAGGUUCAGAGGAGGAUGGAAGUAGUCAAGACAAGGCAAAGAAGAGGGAAGGCUCUGAGUGCCGUGGGUUAGUCACAUUAAUCCACCCAGGCCCACUGGGAGGUCACGGGUUGUGGCUGCCCCCUCCUAAUGGACCACCACGCACUCAGGAAUGGAGGCUCUCUGCCCAAGGAGAGGAGGCAUGUAUGAGCCCACUUCUCCUUACCGCGUCUGAGAAAAGGCGCUGUUGCAGAUGCCGUCCUUCUAAACUGAUGCCAAGCUUCAGACUUUGUUCCUGCUUGAACUUUGACUAGCAGGGUCAGGAGGCAUUUCUUUUCUUUCCCCACCACAGUCGAGGGACUGAGCUGAAGACUUCCAGAGCUAAGAGACCCAGCCCCCACAGCCCCCCUUGGUCCAUCAGGUGCAGCAGCUGUUCAAAGCCAGGCUGAAUAGUUCAUUAAUUAUAUCAUAAAGCCCAGUCCUGUCCUCAGGGGACAGACAGCUAACAGGAAAUGUCCUGGAUUUUUUUCAGGUGCUUCCUAAAUUAGGCCAGUUUAUUGCUGCUCUGCCCAACCAUCAUCCCUUAUCUAUUCCUGUUGUGGAUUAAACAUUAAAUGAGCAGUGCAGUGUGAGCUCCCUCUGCAGCCGUGCUAACUGCUCAGUCCCAAUAUUGUUCAUAACCUAGGUCAGGGGUUGCCAAUCUGCAUCACAAGCAGACUCUGUGUGUGGCACACAGCAGAGCAGGGAGGGGACAAGCAACAUAGCAGCAGAUAGGGAAGGAG